AGCUAGUCCUCAUAAGGUAAAAUUGAAUACCGCAGUGCUUGUGGACACACGUGUACAAACUAGUGGAGUCUUUGAGUUUCUCUCACUUUCGUGCAAUGAAAAGAGAGCUCACAUGGUGUCAGUGUACGAAAACAUAAGUGCUUCACAAGAGCUCACGCCAGCUGUAUUUUGGAACCGCCCAUUGAUGAUGUUACUAGUUCAACAUUAGCAGAGUCGUUUAUAAGCUGACGGAUUGCCAUUGUAAAUUGCCGACAUUUCAAAUAUAUCGAGAAGAAAAAAACAAACAUUUGCACGUACUACUGCGCACGAUGCUGUUUUUCUGAUGCAGUUAUUUUUCUCGUGAAGGAUUGUUACAAUUUCCGUUGGUGACCAUGGAACAAAGAAAAUACAAGGCACGAAGGGUGACAAGACGGUGGGUCUGUUUCGUGAUUGCUGUGCUUUUGUGGAGCGUGGCCUCGGCGCAGAUAAGAUAUUCCAUCUCUGAAGAAGUAAACGAAGGAACUGUGGUUGGAAAUAUAGCAAAAGAUCUGGGAUUAGAUAAAAGCACAUUGAAAGAAAGGAAGUAUCGGAUUGUUUCUAGUGCACCGGAUCCUCUUUUCCAUGUAAAUCAGAACGACGGCACCCUGUAUGUACUUCGAAAGAUUGACAGAGAGGAAGUAUGCGAGCGGAGCAGUACAUGUUUGCUUAAUCUGAAAACGGUACUAGAAAACCCGCUGGAGGUCCACUAUAUUGGCGUUGAGGUUUUGGAUGUAAAUGAUCAUUCCCCCAGCUUUCCAGAGACAGAGAAAACGUUAGAAAUUUCUGAAUCUGUGUUAAGUGGAACGAGCUUUCAGCUACAAGCCGCACGAGACCCAGACAGUGGUCAUUUUUCUGUGCAACAAUAUAAACUCAGUCCAAAUGAUCACUUCCGUUUGGAGGUUAAGGAUAAAGGAGAAGAUGGUAAAAUACCAAUUUUAAUUGUGCAAAAAUCUUUGGAUAGAGAGGCAGCGGGAAGCCAUUCAUUAGUACUGACCGCACUGGAUGGAGGGAAACCUCCGAAAUCUGGGGAAAUGAAUAUUCUAGUAAAUGUUUUAGAUGUUAAUGAUAACGCACCUGUUUUCUCUAAAGAUGUUUAUUCUGUGAUGCUCGAUGAAAAUGCUCCAAUAGGUACAACAGUCAUACAAGUUAAUGCAAAUGAUUUAGAUGAAGGACCAAACGGAGAUGUCGUUUAUUCAUUCAGCAACAGCGUAAAUAGCAGGUUAUUUAAACUAUUUGAAAUAACUCCAUCAAAAGGGGAGAUAAUUGUGAAAGGUCCAAUAGACUUCGAGCACAAGGAUAAAUAUGAAAUCGAAAUACAGGCAUCAGAUAAAGGUCUUGCUCCUCUUACAACAGAAAAAAGUGUAAUUAUCAAGAUAGUUGACGUUAAUGAUAACGCACCUGAAAUUGAAGUUACCUCAUUUUCAAGCUCCAUCCCUGAAGAUUCCAGACCUGGAACUACAGUUGCCCUUAUCAGUGUAAAUGACUUGGACUCUGGUCUCAAUGGGAAAGUUAUUUGCUCCAUAGGUGAGGAUGUUCCUUUUGCUUUAUCACCAGCCUUACAGGACAAAAUGUAUUCAUUAGUCACCAAAUCGCCUCUGGACAGAGAGAAACAGUCACAGUAUAUCAUAACAGUAGUUGCAAAAGACGCUGGUCAACCUCCAUUAUCAUCUGAAAAGACAAUAAGCGUUGUGGUGUCAGAUGUGAAUGACAACAGUCCAGAGUUUUCACUGAGCCCCUAUACUUUCUAUGUCACCGAGGGUAACGAUCCAGGAGCCUCUGUGUUUUCAGUAAAAGCUUUUGAUCGUGAUGAGAACGACAAUGCUCUUAUUUCAUAUCAUAUUUUCAGAGAUAGAAGCGAAGAAAGUAAAUUGACUUCAUUUCUCAACAUAAACUCUGAAAAUGGAGAAAUCUUGGCGUUAAAAAGUUUUGACUUUGAAACUCUGAAAACGUUCCAGUUCCAAGUUGUUGCCACAGAUUCUGGAACUCCGUCACUAAGCAGCAACGUCACAGUGAACGUGUUCAUUCUGGAUCAGAACGACAACGCUCCAGUCAUCCUGUAUCCAGUCAGCUCUAACGGCUCUGCUGAAGGUGUGGAGGAGAUUCCCCGCAAUGUGAACGCAGGACACUUGGUGACUAAAGUCAGAGCCUAUGACGCUGAUAUAGGAUAUAACGGCUGGUUGCUGUUUUCACUGCAGGAAGUUACUGACCACAGUCUCUUUGGUUUGGACCGCUAUACAGGACAGAUCAGAACACUUCGCUCCUUCACAGAGACAGACGAGGCUGAGCAUAAACUGGUCAUACUGGUGAAAGACAAUGGGAACGUUUCACUCUCAGCAACAGCUACUGUGAUUGUCAAACUGGUGGAGCCCAAAGAGGCUUUUGCAGCUUCUGAUGUUAAAAGUUCGGCAAAAGAUGAGGAGGGGAAUGAUGUGACUUUUUACCUGAUGAUAACUUUGGGCUCAGUUUCUGUGCUUUUCCUCAUCAGCAUCAUCGUGCUGAUUGCAAUGCAGUGCUCCAAAACCACAGACUAUACUUCUAAAUAUCUACAAGAGACUAAUUAUGACGGGACACUGUGUCACAGCAUCCAGUACAGAUCUGGAGACAAACGGUACAUGUUGGUUGGACCCAGAAUGAGUAUAGGAUCUACUAUAGUCCCUUGCAGCCAUGCGAAUACACUAGUGCUCCCUGACAGGAGACAGGCAUCUGGAGAGCUAUUGUAAUUGACCGUUAAGUUAAUGUUGCACGUGCUAAAUCUGAUGAGGUGAAUCAUGCCUCAAGCAAACGAGAUGUAUCAGCACGCCUUUACUACAAACACCAUACUCAGCCAAAGGCAACACAUAAUGAAAGCCGUCCGUAAACGCACGGGAACAUUAUGGCAGCUUGGGAAAAAUCAUUGCAUUGUUAACAAAUUAACUUGAAAUGGAAUGAUAAACUAUCACCAAAUGUAGUUGGGCAGAAGUAAAGUUAGCUGCGAUCCCUGUCCAUGGUGCUGAACGUGAGGGCUCUGUUUGCCCAGUAUAUGUUCAGAAAAUGUAAACAAUUUAGCAAACCACUCACUGACUUUAUCUGUGUUAAUUCAUAUCACUUGUUCUUAUGAUAUAUGUAUUCUCACGUGCUAAGUAGAAUCUUCUACGCAUUUUGAGAAGCUUUGCUCUUUAUAUUUAUUGAAAGGAGGUUUUGUGUUGACAGUGAGCUGCAACAACAUCUAUUUUCAUUCACCUGACUAUUUGGGCACUAUAUCGAGAUAAAGAAAAAACAAAACAAACAAUCUACAAUUCAGGCAAAGUGCUACUGGCUUUUGAUUUUCUGCAGUUAGAAUUUAGAUCGCAUGGUGUCAGUGUAAUAGAAAAACGAGGCAUUACAUGAGCAUGUCAUCAUGGCAUUUUGGUUCCACCUCUUCAUAGAGUCCUCAACUGAAUACUGUGGCAGUCGUUUCUGAGCUUACUGCUGCCUUUGAAAAACAUUAUAUUUGCCCUCAUGUCUGUUGUUGUAGGAAGAGGAUGAAUAUUUUCACAUAUAGAAGAGUUGGAUUCUGUCUUUAUAACGCAGUUAUCGUUUUUGUGACGGAUUACUGAUGAUUUCGGGUUUAACCAUGGGACAAAGGAGAUGCCAGUCACGAAUGGCGAGAGGAUGUUUGGUCAGCUGCGUGGUUGCUUUGCUUUUGUGGAGCGUGGCCUCGGCGCAAAUACGUUACUCCAUCUCUGAGGAAGUAAACGAAGGAACUGU